UUGAGAUGCGAAAAUGUCGAGCGUGGACAUGGACUUUAGUGGCCCUGAACAAGAAAACGAGAGUCAGGAGAGUUUACAUUUAGAGUUAGAAGAAACGGAGAUCGACUCCCUAGAAUGUAGUGAUAUUGAUAGCACGACAAUUACCCCACUGAAAAAGAAAAAGAGCCGGGGCGCAGUCAGACGUGUACGUGUCCUAAGGCCACUGUCUCCAAGUGAUGUUGGGUCGGAAUCUGACUCAAUUCUGAAUACCAAAGAAAAGCUUGUACAGAGUUCAAGGAAUAAAGAAUAUGAGCCUGAACAGACUCCAUCAACUUUUGGCAAGAAAUCAAGAAUGGCUACUCUAAGGAGAUCUCCAAGAAAAAGACCAAGUGAUACAAGAGCAAUCCUGCAAGAGUCAGACAAGGAAACUGAUGCUGACACUCCAUCCUCCCUGUGGGCAAUGUCUAGUGCCAGUGCUUUGAGAAGAUCACCAAGAAAGAAAGCAAGCCAGCCAGCCAGAGAAGCAUCUCAAAGAAAUAUGGACAGCAUAAAUAAAACUCCUAGAAUACCUACCCAGCCUGAAAACUCCCCAGAAACAGUUAAUCCAAAUCGUGCUUUCAGUAAAGGCAUCCAAGGACAAUUAAAAGAAAUGCAAGCAACUCAAAAAGAAAUCCUCUCAACAAUAAAGAUGGUAAGAAAUGAAGUUCAGGAUCUGAAGAGGGAAUUUGAAAAAAGAAAGGAGGAAACAAAAGAGAUCAUCAGCGUGCCAAACAGAAUAAGGAAUAAUGUAAAAGAAUUCUAUGCUUGUGGAGAGGACAGAGAAUUAAAAUGGGAUUUCAAGAAAAGAUACAAUGAUGAAGUAAACAAUGAAAUGACUGACUUCAUAAAGAAAAGUGUCAAAGGAGUUGCACCAGACGUGUCUAAUGAAGUUUUUGAUGCUGCUGUGAAGCGAUAUUUCACUUCUAAAAAGGAAGGGGCCACGAGAAAAGCAAAGAAUAAAGAUCUACUUCAUAGGCAGCGUCGGGCAUCUUAUGAAAGAAAAAAUGAGAAAUUAAGAAGAAGAUUGGUUACAACUGACAAGAAGAGGAACUGGGCAGAAGAGAAAAGAGCAUCGGUGAAAAAAUUUUUAAACCAUAAACAGUCGUAUAAGUAUAUGUCGAGUGAUGAAGAGGCAGCAGAUGGGUUUAUUUCACACCCCUAUUCCUGGGAAAGCGAGACGUGGAAGCAUGUCAAGGACAGUCUUGACAAAAAAUAUUUGGAGACAUGUCCACCGAGAAGUAAGCGAUUGGUGCAGAAGAGGACAAAAGGUUCAACAAAAGAACAGGAGACACCAGAACAUGAAGAGGAAUUCGCUUGGAUGGACUUCAGUAAGCGGGAUGGUGUCAAGUUCGUGAAGAAACUGCUUACUCUGCCAUUUUUGCCACCGUCAUCAGCGAUAGACUACAACAGCUCACGAACUACAUCGAGAGGGCCUGGAUCAGUGAAGGCACUUAAACCUGAAGGAAAGAGCUGUAAAGAGAAAAAUAAUCUAUCAAUGGAGGACUGGUACAUUGAUUGA